GGGGCGCAUCCGAUCGCGAAAGCAGCAGCAUCAACCAGUUUCAGUUUCCCCAAAUCUGACAUCCAGCCCUGGCCACGCAGUCAACAUGGUACUAGCACUAGCAUUGAAAGCCGAGCUCAACGGCGUAACAGACCUCCGCCCCGCCGACACCGAAGACGCGCCCUUCUUCUACACCUUCAAAGUCCAAUGCACAUCAUGCCGCGAAACUCAUCCCAACCCCGUCUCCGUCAACCGCUUUGAGCAAAACGAGCAAAGCGGCAGCAAAGGCGAGGCAAACUUUGUCUGGAGGUGUAAGAACUGUAAGAGAGAGCAUUCCGCGAAUAUCAAAGCAGCGCCUACUUCGUACCCACAAAGCGACCCCCCCAAGAAAGUUAACAUCCUCGAGUUUGACUGCAGAGGCUUAGAGUUUGUCGAGUUUAAAGCUGAAGGGGAGUUUUUGGCCACAGGCAUUGAGUCCGGAACGAAAUUCUCCGGAAUCGAGCUGCCGGAUGGGGAGUGGUAUGAUUAUGAUGAGAAGGCGGGAGAAGAGGUUAGCAUCACAAAUGUGGAGUGGGAGAUUCGUCGCGCAUAGACGCCUUAGAGCACCGACUAAAUGCGCGGUCUGGAUGAAUGCACAAGAUGCUGCGUCUGCGCUCGCAAGCGAGGUGGGAAUAUCGUGUUCGAGGUCUCCUACCCGAACAGAAUGCACAGGCUGGUAGGCAUACCAAUGGAAAGAGUGGGAAUGAAUGCGUUCGUAAAGGACAGGAUUGUAUAUAUUAUCAAACUAGUCUUUGAGGAAGGACAUGUUGUUAAUGUUACACGCUGCACGGUGAGGUAGGCGGAUGGGAUACAUCCCACUCCAACCAUCAUCUUCUCCCUCACUUAC